UGAGCCCUGUCCACGGCCACUCCUCUGACUCACACAGUCCCACACGCUCACACACACACUGUCACACACAGAGGGAAGUGUGUGUGGCCAGCAGCAGCUCGGACACAGUCUGCUUUAUCCAUUUGGAUUUAUUGUAUUGUUGUUAAUUCAUUUUUUUUUUUUUUUAAAUAUCCAAACACCGCCAUUAUGUUGUGGACGGCGAGUCAAGUCUUCAGGAAAUUCUCCACCUCGUCCCAUUACUACCAGAAUAAGCUGAAGCUAGCCAUCAUCGGCCAGAGUCUGUUCGGCCAGGAGGUGUACAGCAACCUGAGGAAGCAGGGACACAAGGUGGUGGGUGUGUUCACAGUCCCCGACAAGGACGGGAAGGCCGACCCCCUGGCCGUGGCUGCCGAGAAAGAUGGGACGCCCGUGUUUAAGUUCCCUCGCUGGAGGGUGAAGGGGAAGCCCAUUCCGGAGGUGGUGGACGCCUACAAGGCGGUGGGCGCCGAGCUCAACGUCAUGCCCUUCUGCUCCCAGUUCAUCCCCAUGAACGUCAUCGACAACCCGACACACGGCUCCAUCAUCUACCACCCCUCCAUCCUGCCCCUGCACCGAGGAGCCUCGGCCAUCAACUGGACUCUGAUCCAGGGAGAUAAGAGAGCCGGCUUCACCGUGUUCUGGGCCGAUGAUGGGCUGGACACCGGGCCGAUCCUGCUGCAGAGGGAGUGUGCUGUGGAGCCCAACGACACCGUGGACUCGCUCUACAACCGCUUCCUCUUCCCCGAGGGCAUCAAGGCCAUGGUGGAGUCUGUGCAGCUCAUCGCUGAUGGAAAGGCCCCCAAAGUUCCCCAGACAGAAGAGGGAGCGAGCUACGAAGGCAUUCAGAAGAAAUCUAAUGCCAAGGUCAACCUGGCCCAGCCAGCUCACGCCAUCCACAACUGGAUCCGCGGCCAUGAUAAAGUCCCCGGAGCCUGGACUCUCAUUGACGGUCAGUCUGUGACUCUGUACGGCUCGUCCAUGUUGGGGGCGUCGGUACCAGCCGGUCAGCCGCUGGAGAUUGAGGGCGCGUCCCAGCCCGGCGUGGUCACCAAGAACGGACUGGUCCUGUACGGGACUGACGGGAAAGCUCUGCUGGUGAAGAAUCUGCAGUUUGAAGACGGGAAGAUGAUCCCCGCCUCUAAAUACUUCUCGUCAGGAGAAAGCUCGAGCGUCGAGCUGACCGGUGACGAGAAGAAGAUGGCAGAGGAGAUCAGGAACAUCUGGAAGGCCAUCCUCAGCAACGUCCCGGCCAUCGAGGACACGACCGACUUCUUCAAGUCUGGAGCCGCCUCCAUGGACGUGGUCAGGCUGGUGGAGGAGGUGAAGCAGAAGUGUGCGGGCAUGCAGCUGCAGACGGAGGACGUGUACAUGGCCACCACCUUCCAGGACUUCAUCCAGAUGUUCGUCCGCAGGCUGAGAGGAGAGGACCAGGAGGAGGAGCUGGUCAUCGACUACGCAACCAAAGACGUGAACAACAUGACGCUGAAGAUGCCGUAUCAGUGUUUCAUCAACGGCAAGUUUGAGGAUGCAGAAAACGAAAAGGUCUACAACACCAUCAACCCUACCGAUGGAUCUGUGAUCUGUAAGGUGUCCUACGCGUCGGUGGGAGAUGUGGACCGGGCGGUGGCAGCGGCCAAAGACGCUUUUGAAAACGGACCGUGGGGCAGGAUGAACCCCAGAGAUAGAGGAAGUCUGCUGUACAAGCUCGCCGACCUGAUGGAGGAGCACCAGGAGGAGCUGGCCACCAUCGAGUCCAUCGACUCUGGAGCUGUGUACACGCUGGCUCUCAAGACACAUGUAGGCAUGUCCAUCCAGACCUUCAGAUACUUUGCCGGCUGGUGUGACAAGAUCCAGGGCAAGACGAUCCCCAUCAACCAAGCCAGGCCCAAUCGCAAUCUGACCUUCACCAAGAGAGAACCUCUGGGCGUGUGUGCCAUCAUCAUCCCCUGGAACUACCCUCUCAUGAUGUUGGCGUGGAAAAGUGCUGCCUGUCUGGCGGCUGGAAACACACUCGUUCUUAAACCUGCACAGGUCACUCCGCUGACGGCGCUGAAGUUUGCAGAGCUGUCAGUGAAAGCUGGAAUCCCGAAGGGAGUCAUCAACAUUUUGCCAGGCUCAGGCGGGAUGGUGGGGCAGCGUUUAUCCGACCACCCAGACAUCCGCAAGCUGGGCUUCACGGGCUCCACACCCAUCGGGAAACAGAUCAUGAAGAGCUGUGCGGUCAGUAACCUGAAGAAGGUUUCUCUGGAGCUGGGGGGGAAGUCGCCCCUCAUCAUAUUCGGUGACUGUGACAUGGACAAGGCUGUUCGCAUGGGCAUGAGCUCGGUGUAUUUCAACAAAGGAGAGAACUGCAUCGCUGCAGGACGUCUGUUUGUGGAGGAGUGCAUCCACGACGAGUUCAUCAGUCGAGUGGUGGAGGAGAUCAAGAAGAUGAAGAUCGGAGACCCGCUGGACCGCUCCACAGACCACGGCCCGCAGAACCACAAAGCCCACCUGGACAAGCUGCUGGAGUACUGCGAGGCGGGACUGAAGGAGGGCGCCACGCUGGUGUGCGGAGGCAGACAGGUGGACAGGCCAGGAUUUUUCAUGGAGCCGACUGUGUUCACUGGCGUGGAGGACCACAUGUUCAUCGCCAAAGAGGAGUCCUUCGGCCCCGUCAUGGUGGUGUCCAAAUUCAAAGACGGGGAUGUGGACGGCGUGCUGCACAGAGCUAACGACACAGAGUACGGCCUGGCCUCGGGCGUGUUCACCCGCGACAUCAACAAGGCCAUGUACGUGAGCGAGCGGCUGGACGCGGGUACGGUAUUCGUAAACACUUACAACAAGACCGACGUGGCUUCACCGUUUGGAGGCUUCAAGCAGUCCGGCUUCGGCAAAGACCUCGGAGAAGAUGCUCUCAGUGAAUACCUCAAGACCAAAGCAGUGACUGUGGAGUACUGAGACUCUCCUGACGAACUCUGACCCACAUCUGUCUGCUUCAGUCAGACAUCCAGCUACAUUCUGCAGGACAGUGUGUGUGUGUGUGUUUGAGAGUAUGUGUUAGUGUGUAAGCGAGUGUGUGUGUUGUGUGAAUGAGAGGAGAGCUUUGUUGUUCAUCUCAGUUUGGACAACGUGCCCGUCUUUUCUUGGCUUUCUUCAUGGAAAAAACCACCCCCCCGACAUCAUGAACAUGGGACACCUGCUUUUUACCCGUCUGUGUUUCUACACAUCAAAACUCGGAGUUGGAGCCGAGCUGGGUCCGACUGUAUUUUUAAAUAAACGUGUGUUUUAUGUUAAAACACACUCACUGUUGUCAA